AGCCACUCUCUUCUCAACCGUUCAAAGGCACCAAUAUAGUGGCGCAUCACCAUGAGUCUCUUAUCAGUAUACGCGGCAUUAGAGCCGUAUCUCGACAUUCCAUUCAACGCAUCCCUCAGCGGGAUCCUCUUCCUCGCUUACCGCUGCCUCAUCUCCAAACCGGGCCUUCUCCUCACCAUCGUCUACACCACUAGCGCCAUCAUCGUCCUCUUUGAUCGAACCUCCACCAAAGGUGAAAUGGUCAAGACUAUGGCCGAACUGCCCUUAGGCCUCGGCUCCGUCCUUCUGUUCAUCGUCGCUAGCAGGCCGACGAAAGCGCAAUGGCUUCACGCUUUCACCAUUUACGUCAACUUUGCAGUCUAUGGCAAUAUUCUCAUGAUGGUCGCGACGCCUUCUGGAGGGUCCUUCCGUGGCAUUUGCUGCAAGGCCGCUUGUAUUUCUCUGUCUGCCUGGAUUGUCCUGCAAGGGUAUAGUGUGCAGUGGAAAACUAUCAUGCUACACGAUGACUUCUUCGUCUUCACCGCUGCUUCCAAAAGCUGGAUUUUUACGCACGCAGUUUACAGGUUUAUUCUGCUCACGCUGCCAUGCUUUGGAUCUGGGAGACGUCACCGGCUCAUGGAGGUGUAUUCUCUUGGUCUGACGUAUUUGUUGUCAUGGAGUACUGGACUGCCGUUUGAGUACUGCUUCGGUAUGGCGGAUACGGUUGUGGCGCCGGCAGUCACAGCGUGGUCUUCCAUUUCUAAGACCUUUAAUCUCAUUCCGCGUGAUGUAGAAAAGGGUCAGUCAUCUGCGAGCGGCAUCUCGGACACCGGCGAUUUCUAUUUGGGGAUCGUUGCACUGGCUGUCACUGCUUAUGCUUGCUUCAACAUGGCAUAUCCGGGUCAUUGAGCAUCUUGACUACAUAUAUCUCAUGGACUAUUACACUACCCACUAGGCAGUUCACAACCUUCUCAUUCACAUUAGGGACCCGCCUCGUCCCAUAUGACCUACCACUUAUAAUAAUAGAAGAGUGUAGUCCUAGCGUUAAUCUUCAUACUGAAAUCCCUAGUAUGGUCUUAGAGAUCCUCGUCUUGUUGUAUAGAAGAAUAGCGUGCUUUGACCCUACUCGGU